AUGACAGUUGAACGAAGAUAUCACACAUUAUCUGUCUUAUCAGAUGGAAGAGUAUUAGCUGCUGGUGGAACUAAUGGUGCUGAUGCUCCUCUCAACAGUGCUGAGUUAUAUGAUCCAUUGACAGGGAGUUGGAUAAUAACAGGAAGUAUGAGCACUACACGCUAUUAUCACAGGGCAUCUGUUCUGCCCAAUGGAAAAGUGUUAGUUACAGGUGGACAAACUGCGAGUAAUGUUUUUACGGCUAGCACUGAGUUAUACGACCCGUCAACAGGUAGUUGGACGACAAAAGGAAAGCCAACUACGGUAUCGUCAACAACAUCGACAUCAUCAACAACAACUGCACCACCGACAUGGACGAUUACAGGAAGUAUGACGGUUGCACGAAGAUAUCACACAUUAUCUGUCUUAUCAGAUGGAAGAGUAUUAGCUACUGGUGGAACUAAUGGUGCUGAUGCUCCUCUCAAAAGUGCUGAGUUAUACGAUCCAUUGACAGGGAAUUGGACAAUAACAGGAAGUAUGAGCACUACACGCUAUUAUCACAGGGCAUCUGUUCUGCCCAAUGGAAAAGUGUUAGUUACAGGUGGACAAACUGCGAGUAAUGUUUUUACGGCUAGCACUGAGUUAUACGACCCGUCAACGGGUAAUUGGACGACAAAAGGAAGUAUGAGUUAUCAGAGAAAUCGACAUGCAGCAGCGAUCCUAGCAGAUGGGACAGUGCUAGUUACAGGUGGAUGGAAUGGUGCUGGUAUAAACAGUACUGAGUUAUAUAAUUCAUCAUCAGGCAGUUGGACAAUGAAGGGAAGUUUGACCGCUGGACGAGCAGAACCGGUAAUAUCCAACCUUGCAACGGGACAAGUGUUAGUUGCAGGUGGUCUUGGUGAUGGGAACGCUUUUUACAAGAUCACUCAAACGUACGAUCCAUCCACAGGUAGUUGGACAACAAGAGCCUCUAUGAGCACUAAUCGGUAUUGUGGCACGGCAUCGAUCCUAGCAAAUGGGCAGGUGUUAGUCGUAGGUGGAGAUACUGGUAGUGGAUAUACAAACACAGCUGAAUUAUAUAAUUCGUCAACAGGUAGUUGGACAACAACAGGAGCAAUGUCAUUGGGUCGGGCACUUCACACAGCAUCCACCUUACCAAAUGGGCAGGUGUUAAUUGCAGGUGGAUUUAAUGUUAAUCCUCUUAAUACCGCUGAAUUGUAUAAUCCGUCGACGGGCAAUUGGACAACGACAGCAAGUAUGCAUGUUGCACGGCAAGAUUUUGCGGCAGUCGUCUUACCAAAUGGAAAAGUUUUAGUGGCAGGUGGAUAUACUGGCACUGCUUGUUCAAACACUGCAGAAUUAUAUCAAUAA